CUCUGGCGCUACCACACGUCAUCAUGUAUCUCACCCGGCAACUCGCUCAAAGCGCCCUAUUCCAGCCGUAUGCCGAAGAUCUAUCGCUGGAUGAGCGUAUACGACUAUCCUACGAGCGCGCUAGACAAGUCGGGCGUUUGUAUGCACUCACCGCCCAUGACGUCCUCACCCUGUCGCCUAAGUUUUGGGACCUACAUAUCGAUCCAAUCUGCACGAUGGAUGGAGCGAUGCUGUCUCUGCUCACAUUGCAAUACAACCUUUGCGCCGGGACAUUGGCAAUGUUUUCCGGGCGACAACCUCAUCUGAAUGACGUAUUGAAAGAGGUUCUCGCAUUUAACGUUUCAGGCCAGUUCUGUCUCACCGAAGUCGGGCACGGUCUGAACGUGUUCCACAUGGAGACGACCGCAACCCUCCUAUCUAAUGGAGAGUUUGACCUGCACACUCCAAGCGAGUCCUCUGCAAAGUUCAUGCCACCCACUUCUCCUACAGGUAUUCCUUGCAUCGCGGUCGUUUUUGCGCGGACUGUGGUGGAGGAUGAGGAUCGUGGUGUCAAGCCAUUCAUAGUCCGUCUGAACGAUGGUACCACGAUGGAAUCCGGGGUCAUAUGCAAGCUUCUCCCUCAACGUGGAGGCUCCCGACCCCUUAACCACUCAAUGACAUAUUUCAACCAUGUCCGUCUGCCAUCUUCUGCGCUUCUGGGUAGUAUCGAAAAGCCAGCGGAUUUCCGAGCUUCGUUCUUCGAGAGUAUCUCCCGCGUCGCGGUCGGUACUCUUGCACUCGGAUCCAAUUGCCUCCCGGCAUUGCAGGUUUCAUCCUACAUAGCGGCUCGCUACAGUCUACGACGUAUGGUCGUCGACCGCGACGGAAGUCAGAAACCCAUCAUGGGCUUUCAGACCCAAAAGGCGCCGAUCGUCACUGUAUUAGCACAGUCAUUCGUGAUGCAAGCUCUGCACACGAAGGCAGUUUCAAUAUUCAGAGAUGUCUCGUUUGACUUUCGCAUUCGUCAUGCUAUGGCCACGAUACUCAAGGUCGUCAUGGUUACCCAUGCGCAGGCGGCCCAAUUGAUGUUGGGAGACCGCUGCGGUGCGCAAGGACUGUUCGAAGUCAAUCAGCUAUCAGCGAUGCACGCGGAUUUGCGCGGCAGUGCGAUUGCGGAAGGAGACAUGCUUGUAAUUUCGAUUCGCCUUGCCACUGAGCUCCUGCUUGGACGAUACGCUGUGCCUGAUACAACCAAUGCUGAUAGUAUCCUCGCCAAGCAUGAACGCGGCAUGUUCGAUGAACUUCGAGGGCUGCUUGCCAAGACGGGCGGACACCGUAGCACAGGAUACAACCAACUCGUCCUUCCCGAGUGUUCAAACCUAGUUCUCGCGAUUGGCCACCGUAUGGCGUACGAUGCAGCCAUCGAGAUGGAGGUGGACGCUUGUCUUGUGGACCUUUACGUGGCAAGCUGCGUGAAGGCCGAUCCUGCGUGGUACGCGGAGAAGAUGGGUCUAUCCAGGAUGGAUCAAAAGAUAAUGGAGGUAACUGCGGUAGAGGCCGUGUAUGAUCGUCUGGAGGAGUUCCUCACAAGGCUAGACGUCGAGCCGUAUGUCUCUGCACCGAUAGUCUCCCAGGAUAGAUGGACAGAGUUUGUAGGCCUUUUGAAGACUUUCAAAGGUGAGGCUAGCGUGAAUGUAACGAAAAGCACCACGGUAUCUGCAUAGUCGACGGCAUUCUGAAUGGUCCAAGUACCUACAAGCACUCGAGCGGCCCCGGAACCACCGCAAUACUGAAACACUGCUAAUCUGCAAUGUUGUCGGUGUCUUUGCACAGUCGCAUGCACAUCCUACUACGGACAUCUUUGCUAAUACUACUUAACGAACAUUAUUAUUGUCAUAAUGGCCAACGUAUGCGGUUACGAUCGAAAUGUGAUGUAAACAGCCACUGGUCUUGCAUUCCAGAACUUUGUAAAUCGUGUAUCAUGAGUAUAUGAGAAUGAACAGAAUGCAAUGUUAAUCGCCACCGAAUAUUUGCCCUAUUUGCUAUCAGCAAGCUUAUCUAAUACGACAUUCUGUUCCGCGUCGGUCUUCUCUGUCUCGUCAAGCUUCCAGACAUCAUCCGUAUACGUAUGGAGCGGAAGUGAUCUCAUAAGCAGACUAGACAACAGUCCGACGCCCGCGAUGGCGGUC